UCGCUAUUUAAACCCACAAUGUCAGAAGGCGCUCAGCUUCACACUGGAAAACUUGACCGACACGUUUGGAUUCAGAGGGGAAAAAAAAAUCAACUAGAGGGUCUACUCAGUCUCUGAGCUGUAAAUACUAAGAAGGUUUUCAUCAACAGUCUUCACUGUCAAGUUUGGACAUCUGAACCAAGCAUCAGCAUUUCUGGAACAUUUUUAUUUAUUUGUUUAUUUUUUUCCCCCUAAUUUUUUCCCCUCUCUUGGGGAUUUCAACUUCACCCAGUCCUUGAGGUCGCCCCCUCCUUCUCAGGGAGGGUGUAAAGUUAAAGUUGACCCGGAGAUGCGGUCCAUUCUCCCGCUGACUGUGUAUUGCAUCAGCCUGGUUUCCCUCCAGCAGCUACUGGCUCUACCGGCUGAGGAGCGUCCCGACCGGAGCAGGUUGGACCUCCUCAACGAAUUUAAUGACCAGAGUGAGGACGAAGCCUCAUCGUCAGGGAGCCAGACUCACGUCGCCAUCUCCGCUUCAGCCCCCAGCCUGUCUCCAAAAUGGCUGCGUGGUUUCUUGAGACACAAACCAGCCUCAGGAAUGAGAAUAGCUGUUCCAAACCUUGCAUGGGCACAACCCACUAAGACGUCACCUAUUGAGAGGGGAAUCCUGAGAGUCCGUCGCCAUGCCCACAUGGGAUCACGUAGUCACCACUACCCCCACCACGCCCAGCUGAUGAGAGUGGGCUGCGUUCUGGGAACAUGCCAGGUGCAGAACCUCAGCCACCGGCUCUAUCAGCUCAUUGGUCAGAGUGGCAGAGAAGACUCAUCCCCCAUCAAUCCCAGGAGCCCCCAUAGUUAUGGAUGAGUUAGCUGACACCUCUGAACACCCACAGCAAGUCUGUCUAUAUAUCAUUUAUUUAUCUCUUAAUGUGUUACUGGUAGCCUUUGUAUUAGAGUUGAUGUAGUCCAUGUAUUUUUCAAAAUGACACUUAUACUCCUCUUAAAAGACUGCUGUGUUUCCCUGAGCUUUGUCCUGCUUCAGAAGAUUCAAGAUUGACCGACUGAAUCUGCCUUCGAAACUCCAAAUGUGACUUUUCCCACCGCCCUGAGAGCAUUUGCCUUUUGAAGGACGUUCAAGCCUUGUCAAAGUCUUUUUGGUUCUCCCUCCUGAAUGCUCAACCGAAGCCAAGAGGCUUGAGUUUGAUGUCCUAAUGCUGUUAAUGUAAGAAUGAAGGCUUGUCCUCAACACUAUUCAGUGGCCUAGUCCUGUCUGCCAACUGACCUCCCCAUCGGUGGUCAUCCCACUGCUCAUUGAUCAAACCCAUAAGCCCCUAAUGUGGAUUUCAACCUGCGCUCAGAGCCAGAGCACUGUCAAAACCAAUGUGUUCACAAAGAUCUCGUCAAUGACCCCAUGAACCCUUUUACCCCUUGUUUAAUGGCAACAUUUUUGAACUCCUGGGUCAUUUCACAACUGCCUUUAUAAUUUCAGUGUGAAUACUUGCGAUCCUGGAGUAUUCCAUGAGCUUUCAGAAGACCUGUGAAUUCGUCACUCAGCAGGACUUUGUGUUUAAGGACCACAGUUUACAUUUGAAACCAGCCACAGCACUUGGUUUUCACCAGAGUUGAAGAGCAGUCUGAGUCAGGACUUAAAUACAUGAACUCCACAUUGAAAAGAAGAAAAGAAGAGGGUCAACAUCCAAUGACUUGGAAAGAAUUGACAUAGAUCAGUUUCAGUGUUGCAUUAUAGUGGCCAGCACAGAAGGCGGCAAUGUGAACCUUGGAGCCAGGGAUCAGGGCUUCAUUGCGCCACUGCUGGCACUUUCCCUGCGGGAGGCAAAGACUGAAAUAUUAGCCCUUUCACGUGAUUCAUAAGUUCCCUUUGCAAGUCAGGACUCUGGGUUGACAGCAGUUUAAUAAACCUGACCUAAUCACUUCAGUCAUAUGUACCACCGCCGCAGGGGAGGGGGGCCCUGAGUCUCCCAUGGUCUGCACAUUCAAUGCUAAUAAAUAAAAAGCAAGGCAUGUGGCAGCCACACAUGUGCACACCAGCAGCCUUUAAAUUUUGAAAGGGUUGGUUCACCAAAAUGACAAAAAAAAAGGUUAAAAAAAUAAAAUAAAGUUGCGUAUUUUGGAAUAACAUUGGUUCUUAUUCUGGAAAGAGGUGUUCCUGUAGAAAAAAAUUCCACUGGCCUCUACUGUAAUGAUUAAUGUUUGCCCAAGAUAUCUUGACAUAGAAAUCUCAAGAUAUCUUGGGCAAACAAAACCACAGGUAACUUCUUUUUUUUGUAAUUUUGUGCAACCUGCCCUUUUAAAAAAAUCUGCUUACAUUUGACAAAAUAAUUACACUACGUUAAAGCCUUAUAGCAAAUGGCCAAUCAAGCAGAGUUUUUCAAUGGAAAAAUAAGUGUCUUUUGCAAUGUUCUUACAAAUUAACAUUUUUUUUCUCUCACAAUCUGGGGGUUGGAAGCCCAAGAGAUGUUUUAUACUUACUUCACCCAUGAGGGUUAGCACAUGUCAAAUUACAAAAAGUUACUGAUAUUUUUCAUAUCCCAUACAUGACAAGAGAUUUAAGUAUGGGAAGCCUCGUUGUUCACAUGUAGUGCGUCAAAUGGGUUUAAAUUAGUUACAUUGCGGGUUUCUAAUGAGAGACCACAGCAACCAAAAUGUUAGGUGUUAGAGUGCCCACUUUCAAGCACGUUCGCAAAAUAGCUUAGCAGGAAAUCCAAACGGCUCCUUUUUUCUAUAUAUGUCUGUCUCUGAAAUGGUGGGCAGAUGACAGACUGAGAAUAACUGAGGUCAAGCUCUACUCGUCAAGCAUACUGAAAUUUGGCCUUAAACUUCAGCUCAGAGAGUGCCACCAUAUCUAUAAAACACACACUUUUUGUGAGAAACACAAUUAUAUUCCAUAUGAUUUACAUACUUAGUUCUAUUUCAAGGCUUUACUAUACAGUAGCCCGAUCUUAACUUGCUCAGAGAGUGGUUGAGUGUUUUGUAGGAAUGUAGGCCAAACUGUUAGCCCAUUUUCUGCCUUGUGUGCGCAGUCAUCUAGAUUAUUAUUUGUUCAAAAUGUUUUUGUUAUUUUGCAGAUAAUUUUUGCUAAGUUUGAUAUUCCUAAAAGCCUUACAGUUUAUACUCACCAAAUACCUGGCAAUACUUGACAAAUCAAAUGACUUUACAGUAUGUGAUCUACAUCAUGUAAUAAUGUAUUCAUAUCUCAGUCUGUGUCCUCUGAUUUUACUUUAUGUCUUUAGUCUCUCUUUAGUCUCUCAGUCCCACUCUUCUCUCUUCUGUCUGUGAUCAUUGGGGCCUGGAGGUCACAGGGUAAUAAUCAGUGCUUCUUUCGUCUUAAAUCUAAUCUGUUCAAAGGCUUGCUGAGGUGAAACAUGCCAUUCUCUCUGCUGUAAUGGAGCUAAUCAAUGUCUCGUGACAGAUCAUUAAAAGGCUUUUCAAACGCUCUAAAACCCUGGUGGAUCUCUCUGCUUUUUAAAAUGUACUAUUUCACACACACACGAUGUGAGUGUGUGUGUGUGUGCAUAUGUGUUUGAGCUGCUGUACAUAUCAGGACACUUAUCUCCCUUAUUUGAUCUGUGCUCUUGACCAUUGUGCUCGCUCUCUGUUUUUUUUCUUUUGCGCAUUAUGUUUUCGUGACGUCAGAUGUUGCAUCACGUCAAGUUGUGUGAGCAAACUGUGCACGACCACUAAUACCUCCCCAUGGAAAACAUCUAGAGCUCUCAUGGCUCUCUGUUGCAAAGAGGAAAGAGUGCAGAGUUAGUGUAGAAAAUGUCACUGUCAGUUUUGUGAGAUACAGUAGGUGCAGGAAGAUCUAAGUAGGUUUGUUUUUGCUGAUUUUUCCAUGUAAAAGUCACAUGAUCUCCUUUAGUGUCACAGGAAAGCACUUUAAUGCAGACACGUGUCGAUAGUUUCGUGAAUUUUGCUCAUUUUAAUGAACUUGUGAAAAUUGGACGAGGUUUCUGUUGUAAAUGUUGCAUUUUAGAUUGCCAGUGACUGUGUUUGAAGAUGUCAGUGCACUCCAUGUGGCGACAGGAUGACUGUGGACAUCAUGUGCACCUGUGAAUAAAUAUAUAUAUAUAGCCAAACUAUUUAAAGAAAAUAAUGUAUUUAAGUUAUCUUUACAUGUUAAUAUCUAUAUGUCACCAAAGGCUAUUUAUCUCGUCUUUUCCACUGUUCCAUAAACAUGAUCUUAUGGUGGGAAAGGAAGUCUUAACUGUAGUCUAAAUGUUACUGUUUGAUAAUGUUCUUCACUCUGUAAAAUAAAGAACUGCACUGUA